AUGGGCAUCUUACGUGUUCUGCUGGUCCCGCUCUCUUUGUGGAUAUUGCGUGGCGAAGGCACCUGCGUUCAGCUUAUGAUGUGCAACACUUGUGUGCGAGGCGACUUCGCCAAUUCGGACUACAGUAUUCUGCUUCAGCGCCCAAUGCAGCACGACGAUGAAAUUAAGAUAAAGGGAAAAUUUUUCGGGCAAAAAGAGGUUCUAGUCAACAUGCGACGAAACAUGACGGUUUCGGCGAAAGUCGCCGGCAAAAUUAAUCCGGCCUCGACGUUGGCGCGCAUCAAAAUGAAUGAGCAAGGAACAAUCGUCGACUCGAAGGCUAUGUCCAAUACGACGUUCGAACAGAAAAAAGAGUUCAACGUGAAGUUAUCUGGUGAAAAGUUUGUUAUGAAAAUCAGAAAACUCCAAGAUUUUGCGUUCAGCAUCGGCGACAAAAAGAAGUAUCAUUUCACUUAUUUCUAUGAUCCUUUGGGAACGACGCAGAGUUUCGACCUCACCGGCGAAUUCAACACGACUUUUGUGGAAUUGCCUGCAAUGCGGAAUCCGUUCAAGAAGCUUUCUAGAUCGAUUUCGCAAAAACUUCGUGGCAAAAAGAAAAAUACGGAAUGUGAGCAAUACUCAAUGCAAAAUUCCACUUCCAGCACACCUACUCAAACGUCAAUCGAGGAGGACCCAUAUAGAGAAAUCCUUCGCUCCUACGAAGACAAUAUCUCGCAUCUCAUCUACCAUGGCUCAUCGCUCAACUCAAUGGCUUGUUUAGAGCCGCCACCAAGAACAAUUCAACACAAACUAUCAUUAACACAAAUAAUUUAUGGAAAGCCGCAAAAAAUCAGCGGUGACGCGAGUUGGGAGAAGGCGCAGGAGGUUAUUGCAAUACUCACGAAAGAUGACGAGGAGAUCCUCUCGAACAAUGUCGACGAUUCUCGGCAGUUUCCCGUACCGCCUGGUAUCAAUGUUGAACCGCCUGGAGUUCAGCCGAAUCGUGAACGAUUCCAGAGUUGA